AUGUCCAACCUUCAAUCGUACGACUAUCCCGGCUGGGGUACCUUUGCUCGCCAGAGCAUGUCUUUUACACAAGCUGUUCGCGUUGGUGACCGUCUCGUGAUUUCGGGUCAAGGAGGCUGGGAUCCUCACAACCCUGAUCCGAGUCUCGAUCAUUCAUUCAUACCCGGCUCGCUUGCUGACGAGAUUCACCAAGCAUUCGCCAAUGUUGAAGUCGCCCUUAAGCAUGCUGGAGGUACAGGCUGGGACCAGGUGUACAAGGUAGUCACGUACUCGACAGACAUCCCUUCGCAAACAGACCUAAUUGUUGGAGAACUGCGGAAAUGGAUGCCAGGGCAUGCGGCAGUAUGGACGGAGGUUGGCGUCAAGGAGUUGGGGUCGCCAGCCAUGCAUUUUGAGAUCGAAGUCGAAUCCUGGCUCGGGGAGGGUUCAAAGUAA